CGGGUGGGGCUGAUUGGACGGCCUCCCGGGGGGGGGAGACACGCAGGCAAGCAGGUAGUAGCGUGCGCGCUGGUGUGCUGCUGCUGCUGCUGGUGGGGCGCACUCGGCCGCGACCGCGUUUCGGGGGCUUCGAGUACUCGCGCUGACCAUCGAUCUGAUCACAAUUGUUUUGACUAUGGCGUGUUUAAGUUCGUCCAGUCGGGUGUGUGCCCGCGUGGUGCAGGAGAAACUGUGUCAGUUGGCUGCGGCCACCAGGAGCCCAUCCGGACUGCUGCAGCCCAUGCAGCAGCAGCAGCAGCAGCAGCAUGUGCCGUCCAUGGUCAGCGGCAGUGGCCACAGUGGUUUCGGGCAGGGCAGUGUUGGAGGUGGCGGUGGUAGUACCAUGGGCAAACGGACCGUGCUGUUCCCGCUGUUCGGUUCGGAACCGGGAAUUGCAGGGCAAGCGCCAGGAGUGCUGGGAGCCGCUAGCGCCACGGUUACCACAGCGCGCAGCUUCUACAGCACCGCGGGCGACGCUGCUAGCUUCACUCAACCAUCAUCGUCGUCGUCGUCGUCGUCGUUGGCCGCGGCGGGGCCACGCGUCAAGCAUCUGGGUGUUCCGGUGAUCGGCCGCCGGACACCGCCAGCAGCUGUACCGCUGUACGACCGGAGCCAGAAGGGCAACGCCGGCGUCACACUGCAUCCCUGUAUGCGAGGCUACAGCUCCGUGCACACACAGCAGCCGGCUGGACCGAUCCGGGAAUACAACAUCGAUCCCUACAUUCUGCUGGAGGAUGAGCUGAAAUACAUCUUCGAGGAUAUCAGACAGGAAAUCAGCCGAGCCACCAAUCACCAAGAACUGAACAAAAUCGCCGUGUACUACUUCGACGGCCAGGGGAAAGCGUUCCGACCGAUGGUGGCCAUGCUGAUGGCGAAGGCCCUCAACUACCACAUGCACAACGAGAACAGCAACAUAGUGAGCGCACAGCGGCAGAUAGCGAUGAUUUCGGAAAUGAUUCACACCGCCAGCCUAGUGCACGACGAUGUCAUCGAUCAGUCAUUCGCCCGGCGCGGCAAGCCGAGCGUGAACGUCCUUUGGAACCAUAAAAAGGUGACACAAGCCGGUGACUACAUCCUUUCGGUUGCCUCGAUGCUGUUGGCCCGCCUGAAGCACGACGAAGUGACACACAUCCUCAGUCAGGUGCUCACCGAUCUGGUGCAGGGUGAGUUUAUGCAGCUCGGCUCGAAGGAAACGGAAAACGAACGCUUUGCCCACUACUUCACGAAGACCUACCGUAAGACGGCAUCGCUAAUAGCCAACAGUUUGAAGGCGGUAGCGGUCCUGUCCGGUGCCGACGAUCAGAUGGCUGAGCUGAGCUUCCAGUAUGGGCGCAAUCUCGGGCUCGCGUUCCAGUUCGUCGACGAUCUGCUGGACUUUGUGUCGAGCUCGGAAGCGAUGGGCAAACCGGCCGCCGCCGACCUGAAGCUGGGAUUGGCCACCGCUCCGGUACUGUUCGCCUGUGAGAAGUUUCCCGAGCUGAACCCAAUGAUACUGCGUCGCUUCCGCGAACCCGGGGACGUCGAGCGGGCCUACGAGCUCGUGCACCAGUCGCAGGGCCUCGAACAGACCCGCUUCCUGGCACGCAAGCACUGCAUAGAGGCGCUCCGGCUUGCCUCGCAGAUCAGCGAGUCGCCGUACCAGAAGGGACUGAUCGUGGUCGGUGACUUCGUCCUGAAUCGCAUGAAGUAGUGCAAUCGAUGGCGAACGGAAAGCCGACCACCACCGCCCGGGUUAAAGAUCCGGUGGCCGGUCCUUCGGACGUCACCGAUACAGUGGCACUCUGUGACGGUGACUACCCCAAACAACCACCGGGAACACAUUUGGAGCCGACGCCGGGAAAUGCCGAGAGAGAGAUAGAGAGAAAGAAGGAACGAUACAGAUAGCUACUGCUAACAAAUGGACGAAUGAUUUGCUGGUUUUUAGCAACAAAAUGGAAUGCUGUUUUUAUAUGUACAUCGAAAUUUGCUGGAUGGGUCGCUUGUUUUGUUUCAAAUCGUGUCAUUAGAUUGGUUUGCCAAUGAGAGUGGCUUGGAGAAAGGUUGAUAUAUUUGUACAUGAUUUGAUGCAUCUGCGCAUAUUAAGCAUCACAAGCGAAAGCGAUCUGGGGAACUUGGUAUCAUCUUACCUGUACGAAUUGGCUAGCUUCUAGCAUUAUUAAUUUAGGAUGUAAGGUAUCACGCUAGGCAAUAUAGCAGGCAGCGAGCGAUCGGUUUGCUUGCCUCGAGGCAGGCGAAACGCGAGUUGCUCUAGUACUUCUUCCUGCAUGAUGAGACAUUAAAAAAAGUUGGGAUAGCAAAAUAGAGAAAACAGAACGGAUAUUUGAAAGGCUUUCUGGAGUUACUUUCUGUUUCCCACAUUUCUUUCUCUUGGUAUUAGGUGUUUGAAUUAAUUCUUUCAGUUUUUAUUCAACAUUUGUGACCUAGCUACAGCAUGACAAAACGCAUGACUACCUUAAUGAAAGUAUUGUCCGUCGUUAGCUACUACUUUCUGCCAUCGUUUAGGUAGUUCCUCGAUUCUGUGUCGAUGGAACUUCUUAUCUUUAUCAGCGAUCCCCUCAGAACCACUUUUUUUAAUACGUUCAUAAUAAGUGCUGCCAAAUCGUUACUCACGUAACGGAACAAAUACUAUUCCGAAAUAGCAACAUCUGGUGAAUACGGCAGGGGGGUUUACAGUUCCCAUCGGAUAUUUUCGAUAAUUUUAUUAGGUUUUGAAAGCUCAAAAUACACCACACCUUUCAUACCGUAUACACAUAAUAACCGUUGCAAAGUGAAAAUUUCGCUUUGGUUGCGAUGGACAUGGUUCACCAAGCUGUAUCCAGGCCUUUUUGGGCUUAAGAUUCUUGUAAUAACUCCCCUUUUAAUCACCAGUGACGAUUCGGUACAAGAACCCCUCUGCCGUGCAAGUAUUAGUGAAAAAGUACUCCCCGUAAAACCGCUAUAUCAGGAACAAAACUUGACAUGUUCAAAUACUUAAAAUAGGCGUUGUUUACACUUUCACCAAACAAUCUAUACAGCGUUAGAUGCGUAAUGACAGUAGCUAUCAAAAACAUGUUUCAAUUCAAACACCUAAUACAAUUUUCAUUAUUACAUUUCGUUCCGUUCUGUGAAUUACGGUUCUUCGUAGCUAUUAAUAUAGGUUUUGUAUUUGCCCGUUUCGAUCUAUACAGUGUAUCGAAUGCACUCGCCUCUGCAAAAUUUUUAAAACAAACUUAGUGCACAAGGAAAAGACAGAAACAUGCAAAGUACAGCUGUAAGCUAGGGUGAAAAAAAAAACAAAACAUUAAUUUAAUACCGACUUGCAGACUUACAGAGCGGUAUUCGCAGUGAAUGAACGGUGGAACUGAUUAGAACGAAACUCAUCGGAAAACAGAGAGAAGCGUCAAGGGAUCAAGCGUGUAUGUUGCAUGUUUUGGGUGAGAAUAUUUUAUGUGAGGAAGUGUUUGUUUCGAACAAGCGAACAAGGGUGAAGGUGACUAAGAUAUAGUACUUGCGUUUUAUAACCAGCAGUGUGUU